UAAGCAAAACAUAUCUUGCAAUAUCUCACCUUCCUUAAUUUCCUUUCAUUUGAUCUUCCAGUGUUGCUAUCUCAUUUUGCUCUGCGGUUUGCAUUCACCUUCCUUUUCAUUUCUUCCAUUAAUACAAGCCAGAAAACAUGGCUGAGGCCUUGGGAGGAGCGGUUCUCUCCGCCUUCCUCGAAGUGUUAUUUGAUAGGAUGGCGACUCCAGAGUUGGUGGACUUCUUUCGGCACCGCAAGCUCAACGAAGGAGUCUUGGAGAAGUUGAAGAUAGCAUUGUUGUCCGUAAAUGCACUGCUUGAAGAUGCGGAGGAAAAACAACUUACCAAGCCUGCUGUGAAACUGUGGCUCGAUGACUUGAAAGAUGCUGUCUGUGAUGCUGAAGACGUCUUGGACGAGAUAGCUACUGAAGCCUUGCAACAUAAGUUGGAUGCUGAAUUUCAAACCACUGCAAGUAAGGUACAAAACUCCAUCUCUACUUUUCUUAGUCAUUUUGUCAAGGAGAUAGGGCAAAAGAUGCAAGAGAUACUUGCCAAACUAGAAUAUCUAGCCAAAAAAAAGGAUUUUCUAGGUCUGAAAGAAGGUGGUGGAGGAAAACCUGAAAGAUGGCCCACGACUUCUUUGGUUGAAGAAUCUGGUAUUUUUGGUAGGGAUGAUGAUAAGGAAAAAAUAAUAAACUUGUUGCUCUCAAAUAAUAUUGAUGAGAGCGACAAUGGAAAUUUUUGUGUCAUUCCCAUAGUGGGCAUGGGGGGAAUUGGCAAGACUACCCUUGCUCAGCUUGUAUACAAGGACGAGAGGGUGAAGGAGCAUUUUGACCUUCAAUUAUGGGUAUGUGUUUCAGAUGUUUUUGACGUUUUUGGUAUAACUAAAACAGUUCUAGAGGCAUUGACUUUGUUAACUUGCGAUAUGAAAGAUCUGAAUUUGCUUCAAGUUACGCUACAGCAGAAAUUGACCGAGAAGAAAUUCUUAUUUGUUUUAGAUGAUGUUUGGAAUGAAAAUUAUGCUGAUUGGGAGGUCUUGAGUAAUCCAUUUAAAUCUGGGGCACCAGGAAGUAUGGUCAUUGUAACUACACGCAAUGAUAGUGUUGCAUCAAUCAUGAACGCUCUUCCAACUGAUCAUCUAAAGCCGUUAUUGGAAAAAGAUUGUUGGUCACUAUUUGCAAAAUAUGCAUUCCACGAUGACAACUUUGAUGCACGUCGAGAGCUAGAAGUAAUAGGUAGACAAAUUGUGAAAAAGUGUGAAGGUCUACCUUUAGCAGCAAAGACAAUUGGGGGUCUCUUGCGAUCUAAACUAGAUGUUAAUGAAUGGGAGAGGAUAUUGAAGAGCGACUUGUGGGAUUCGUCAUUUGACAAGACAAAUAUUCUUCCAGCUCUAAGAUUAAGUUACAAAUAUUUUCCAUCACAUCUAAAACAAUGUUUUGCUUAUUGUUCAAUUUUUCCUAAGGAUUGUGUAUUACGAAAAGAUGAAGUAAUCUUAUUAUGGAUGGCAGAAGGUUUCUUAGAAGAAACUAACAACAAAAGAAUGGAGGAGGUUGGUGAAGAUUCCUUUCUUGAUUUGGCAUCAAGAUCAUUGUUGGAACAAUCAAGCGGCAAGAAAUCAAGUUUUGUAAUGCAUGAUCUUGUCAAUGACUUGGCAAAAUUUGUGUCUGGGCAAUUUACCUUUAGAUUGGAGGUUGACUGUUUGCACGGAAUUAUGAACAAGACUCGUCAUUUGUCAUAUUUCAGAAAUGAAAACGGAUUUGAUAACUUUAAGAAGUUUGAGGUCUUGUACGAGGCUACUCGAUUGCACACAUUCUUGCCAUUGGAGUUGUCACCAUCGGAUAAUUACUACUUCUACUUAACAAAAAAAGUACCACUAGAUUUAUUGCCAAAUCUAACAUGCUUGCGGGUACUCUCUCUAUCUCAUUAUCGAAAUAUGACUGAGUUGCCUGAAUCAAUUGGCAAAAUUAAGCAUCUACGUUAUUUGAACCUUUCUUCCACUACAAUUAAAAGGUUGCCUGAUUCCAUAUGUAAGUUGUGCAAUUUGCAAACAUUGAAUUUAUCAGGUUGUAAAGAUCUUGCUGCAUUACCAAGAGAUAUGCGGAAACUCAUUAACUUACGUCAUCUUGAUAUUAGCGGAACUGUCAUAAAGGAGAUGCCAAUGCAGAUGAGUAGUCUAAAAUGUCUACAAACAUUAACUAAAUUUAUCAUCGGCAAACAUAGUGAGACUUCCAUUGAAGAGUUGGGGAAACUUGCAAAUCUUCGAGGAAGGCUUUCUGUUUUAGAGCUCCAAAAUGUUGCAUCUCAUACUGAUGCUUUGAAAGCAUGCUUGAAUGAUAGGAAGUACCUUGAGGAGUUGGCGUUGGAAUGGAAUGCAUUGGAUACUAAAAUUUCAGAAUGUCAAAGAUCUGUACUGGACAAUCUCCGGCCCCAUAGUAACUUGAAAAGUCUCAUUAUCAACAACUAUGGCGCCGAAAGUCUUCCAGAUUGGGUUGGGCAUCAUUCAUUCUCUAAUAUGGUGUCCCUUUGCCUAGAAAAUUGUAAACAUUGUUUCAACUUGCCACCA